CGUUACCGUGGGCAGGGCGUCAGCAGGUUGCCGGCAACGUUUUCCCUUUGCCGGCAACUCCUGCGCCUGCCUGCUCUGCCUCCUCUCGGGGGCUCUGCGCUCUGACUGUUCUUGCUCCACUUGUAGUUUGGGACACUUGGGAUGGUGAUUUUCCUGCAGAAGCAGCUUCCUGCUGAAAAAAUUCCUUGAGGAGGGUGAUGGCCUGAGCUGCUAGAAAGUGUUUUCCUCCCUGCGCUGGUGCUGGAAGCAGCUCUUGGCAGGGAGACCUCCCCGUCAGCUGUGCCUGGAGCCCAACCUUAUCUUAUCCCGUGCUCCCGAACCCCAGAUCUCCAUCCCUGCUGCAUCUGGGAGCAGGGAUGGACCGAGAUCUGGAGACGGGUGAUGAAACAGCCACUGCGAUGUCUCCACUGGGGCUGACGAUGCUCCUCACAGCCCUCAGACCCUCCCUGGAGCAGCCUGAUGCCAGCAUUGCGUCCAGGGACCAUCUGAUCCAGGAGUUGUCCCUGGCAGUGACCGUAAGAGAGAGAAAACUGGGACAGGACCAAGUCCUUUUCAGUCUCUGGCCCUUCUUGUUUUAGGGGAUUUCUGUGUGUUUGGUGACCCCGGGGGGGUUUCUUGGUGCCCUUGCUUCGAGCAAGGGGUGCCUCUCCCCGUCCCUUGCACGGUGCCUCUUGGUGUCAGCCCUGGUUAGGGCUAAAUCUACUUGCCCGGAUUAAGUGGCGCAACUGCUUGGGGAUUUAAAGGAUGACGUGGGGGAAGCCAGAGCAGGCUGAGCUCCAUCGAGGAAGGCUCCAGAGCAGGUCAGAGCCCCUUUUCCAGCAUGGGGGCAGGGGGGAUGAAGGCUUUGGUGCCUCCGUGAUAGGAGUUUUGGCUUCAGGGCAGCAUGGCAUCACCUGGCAGAGGGUGUUUGUGGUGCAGGGCUGCCUGUCCUGAAGGUGCGGGGUGUCUGAGGCCUUUUGGUGUGAUUGUCAAGGGAUGUUAUUUUGGUGCUUCUUGUCGGUAGAAUCUCCAUUCCCUUCCAGACACAUCCUUUGACCUGAGCUUCUCCUAAAAAUUCCCCACAACUGUUCAUCCCAUCCCCACAAUGCUUGGGCUUUGGGGCUAUAUGGGCAGCUCGUUUACUUUGCAAACGCCGGUUGCGGGGACUCAGGAGCUGGUUCCCAGCCUGGUCCUAACUGCAUGGCACUGGUGACUUGCGUUCUGUUUUUCUGCAGCCCUGCGUUUGUGCUGCAUCUUGAGGGAGCAUUCCCUGUGCCUCCAGCUGGGAUUCAGCCUGGCUCCAUUGCAUCGGGACAGUGUUUUGGUCAGGCCCCCAAGGCUGCAGGGACACAGGGACUUACGCAGCUUUGAUUCUCAGACUGUUUGGGCAUGGCUGUUGGGGUGCAGCACCCCUGUCCUGGCUCUCACUGAGACUGUGGGGGAUUAUUUAGAUGGGUUUCCCUUCAGAUGAGCCCCUAGGAGUGGGAGCUAGGGAAGUACAGGCAGCGAAAGAGCCCCUCUCUGUAGGUAGGAAGCAGUUUGGUAUGGCUUCUCCGCCUGGGCUCUGCUGCACCUCCAGGCAUCAUCCCUGCGGGCACUGGGAUGCGCUCCAGCUCCACGCUCGUCCUGCCUGCUGGCACCUGUCCUGCCUGCUGCUGUCCUGCCAGUCCCCCACCUGCUCUGGCAUCACCCCCUGCCCAUUGAGCCGUGCUCUUUUCCCUUGAAUAAUUUCCUCUCUGUAGGUCCAGUGGCUGUUUGCCGGCUCUGCCGUGCUGCCACAGACCAUGGAUCGCUGUUCCGGCAUUGGUCCCCUGGGAUAGUGAUUCGCUUUGGCUCCCCAUGCCAGAAGCACCGUGGCAUGGCAAUCUCCAGUUGCGGUUUGCUGAGGGCGGAAGCGUCACCUUUCUGGCCCGCCGGUUGAUAACCUUCCCCGGGUGGCACUGGGAGUGUGUUUACUUUACCUGUUGUGGCUGAUAAGCGCCUCUGAUAAAACUCAUGAUAGUAAAUAACAGGCUUCAACAAGAGGGGAGCAAUUAAAGGAGGGAGGUGGUGCCCUCGGCAGGGGCUCUGCCCUGGGAAGAUGGUGUUUUGCUGACCCAGAGGAGCAGACCCUGGCCCUCACUGGCUGAAGUCUCCAUCACCCCAGGGAGUUUCGUAGAGCUGCGAUUUUUCCCAUCCCAACCUCCAUCUCUUGGGGAGGAGAGGCUCUGCUUUGGAGGGUGUUACCUGAGGCAGCGGGGAGGGAGCUGCUGCUCCUUGGCCACUUGGUUGCAAGUGCUGGGGAGCUCCUGGCAGGAAAUGCCCUUUUUUUCUCCUGUGACGUGAGAAAUCACAGAAAUAUUCUUGCUGUCCUUGAGCGGCAGAGAUACUGACGUCUCUGUGCACACUGGGAUUGAAGGGAAUGGAUUUAUGGCUCCAAAACGCAUCUCCCCCCUCUUUCCCUUCCCCCGGGGGCUAACAGGCUUCUCUUUGCAGCGCCAAGCCGAUGCAUGAAAAAGCAGCUCCCCUGAAGAGCCCUGAGCCCAUGCAUGGCCGUGAGAAACUGGAGGCAUCCCACAAGGAGAAGAGUUUGGAUUCCCUCGAUGGCAGCCUCCACCUGAAUGAAGCCCUGAAGGAUGAAGACAUCAAGAAAUGCCACCGCGAAGUGGCCGCUAGCAAGUACAACUCCCAGUACCACAAGCUGUUCAAGGACAUCCCGACAGAGGAGAGCGUGCUGAAAGUUUGCUCAUGUGCGCUCCAGAGAGACAUCCUCAUCCAGGGAAGGCUUUACAUCUCCCCCAACUGGCUCUGCUUCUACGCAAACCUUUUUGGGAAGGACAUCAAGGUCGUGAUCCCGGUGGUCUCCGUACAGCUGAUAAAAAAGCACAAGACGGCUCGGCUGCUGCCCAAUGGCUUGGCCAUCACCACCAACGCCAGCAGAAAGUACAUCUUUGUGUCCCUCAUCUCCCGCGACAGCGUCUACGAUGUCCUGAGGAGAGUCUGCACGCACCUGCAGGUUUCGAGUAAGAAGAGCUUGAGUUUGAAGGAGCUGACAGAGGAGCCUGAUGCCGUGUCGCUGGUGAGGGUCAGGGCGGCUCUGGGAGAGGGAAGGACGGCCAUGAACUCGCGCUGUGGGCAGGAGAGCAUCCGCCUGGCCCCCUUGGAGGUGAUUGUCCCCGAGGGCAAGUGGAGGAAGGUGUCACCCGCCUCGCUGUCACUGUCGCUGCCAGAUGCCGACUACCAGUGCAUCCACCGGACCUCUGUCAGCAGCCUGAGCGCCAAGGAGAGCUCCUUCACCUCCGAGGAGCCUCUGGUUUCGGAAAGUGCAAUAAACACUGAGGAGGAGCUGGAGGUGGAGCAGAGCUGUGUGGCGGAGCUGAGACCCUCUGACUACCAGCUCCUGAAGAUCUUCAUUGUGCUCAUCUGCCUCCUGGUUGUGUCCUCCUCGUACCUGGCGUUUCGCAUCUUCCGUCUGGAGCAGCAGCUCUGCUCUCUGAACCGGGACUACCUCUCCCGCGGGCCCAGGAGGUGACCGUUACCCCCAGCGCUGGCUGAGGACGGACGCUGAGAUGGUGGUACCCUGUGUACGGAUCCCAGUGCUGUAUCCUCCCAGCCAUGGCUGUUGCACGUGGUCCGGCUUUCCCUUGGCCGGUGAAAUGGGACCAAGUAUCUUCUCUCUUCCCAGC